AUGGCGCCAAAGUGGAGAAUUGCAAUGGGCUGCGAUGAAGCAGGAAUUUCCUAUAAAAACGCCAUCAAGCAAGACUUUGAGUCCGACGGCCGCGUAGAAGAGGUCCUCGAUGUCGGCUCCAACCACCACGCAGAUAAAACCCCCUACCCACUACGCGCAGCAGAAGCAGCCCGUCUAGUCGCAGAGGGCAAGGCAGACCGGGCACUCCUCAUCUGCGGCACGGGCCUAGGCGUGGCCAUAUCUGCAAACAAGGUGAAAGGCAUCCGGGCUGUGACGGCCCACGAUAGCUUCAGCAUCGAGCGGAGCGUCAAGAGCAACAACGCGCAGGUGCUGUGUUUCGGCGAGCGCGUCAUCGGGCUGGAGCUUGCCAGGAGAUUAGCGACUGAGUGGCUAGACUACGAGUUUGAUCCUUCAAGCAACAGUGCCAAGAAGGUGGAUGAGAUUGUGCAGCUGGAGACGGUAGCGGCAUAG